AUGUUAUUGUCAGCCUCCAUUAAGCGAUUCGUUAGCAAGCCAUUGAUCAAUACGUACAAGCUGCCCUAUUCUCAUUAUACAACAGCAGCAGCAGUUGAAAAGAAACGAAAAGAAAGUAUUCUAGGUGGAGGAAAAGCUAAGCAAAACGCUCAGCACGCCAAAGGCAAGCUUACAGCGAGAGAACGGCUGGGAUUACUGCUAGACCGAGGAUCCUUUCGAGAAUAUGACGCUUUUGUUGAGCACGCUUGCACUGAUUUCAAUAUGGCGCAUAACAAGAUUCCCGGAGACGGUAUUGUUACUGGCCAUGGCACCAUUCAUGGUCGGCGCGUGUUUGUAUACAGUCAAGAUUUCACAGUGUUGGGAGGCUCAUUGAGUCGAACCAAUGCCAACAAAAUUCUAAAGGUAAUGGAUCAAGCCAUGUUGGUAGGUGCUCCUGUUAUCGGAUUACAAGAUUCUGGUGGAGCUCGUAUUCAAGAAGGCGUUGAUUCACUUGCAGGCUAUGCAGAUAUAUUCCAGAAGAAUGUGCUUGCUUCUGGUGUGGUGCCUCAGAUAUCGCUCAUUAUGGGCCCUUGUGCUGGUGGUGCCGUCUAUUCGCCUGCUUUGACCGAUUUCACAUUCAUGGUGCAGGAUACAUCCUACAUGUUUGUCACUGGCCCUGAUGUCGUCAAGGCUGUUACCAAUGAGCAUGUGUCCCAAGAAGUUCUCGGUGGUGCUAGAACACAUACAACCAAAACCGGCGUGGCACAUCGCUCCUUUGCUAAUGAUAUUGAGGCCAUUCAAGGCCUUCGAGACUUCUUGCCUUAUUUACCAUUAUCCAACAGAGACACAAUACCACAUCAACCUUGCGAUGAUCCUAUCGACCGUCAAGAUGCAGCACUCGACACCAUUAUACCAGCAAGCUCCAACAUCGCAUAUGAUAUGAAGGAAGUCAUUGGAAGAAUUAUGGAUACGCACUCUUAUUUUGAGAUUUCACCCAAUUUCGCUAGCAACAUGUUGAUUGGCUUUGCACGAUUGAAUGGUGAAUCCGUAGGCGUGGUGGCCAAUCAACCACUUGUCUCAUCGGGUGCAUUGGAUAUGGAUGCCUCGGUCAAGGCUGCUCGUUUUAUUCGAUUCUGUGAUGCAUUCAACAUUCCUUUGGUGACGUUGGUGGAUGUGCCUGGCUUCAUGCCAGGAACAGCUCAGGAACAUGCGGGCAUUAUAAGACACGGUGCCAAAUUACUCUAUGCCUACUGUGAGGCUACAGUCCCUAAACUGACGGUCAUUACAAGAAAGGCGUAUGGUGGUGCCUACAUUGUCAUGAGCUCAAAGCAUUUACGUGGUGAUUACAAUGUGGCAUGGCCUUCCGCUGAGAUUGCUGUCAUGGGGGCCAAAGGUGCAGUUGAGAUCAUUUUUAGAAACCACCCUGAUAAAGAGGCCAUGAGAAAAGAAUACAAGGACAAAUUUGCUACACCUUUGUUUGCAGCAAAGAAGGGAUAUUUGGAUGAUAUUAUUGCUCCAAGAGAAACAAGAGCAAGAUUAAUAGAGCAGUUGGAACUGCUAAAAUCAAAGUCGUUGCAAAACCCUUGGAAGAAACAUGGAAGUAUACCUCUGUAA